UUUUUAGGUGCUCUGUUUCUAAAGAUGGGAAGGCGGAAACUAGAUCUUUCCAAACUGACAGAUGAAGAGGCCAAGCAUGUUUGGGAAGUUGUUCAGCGGGACUUCGAUCUGCGAAAAAAAGAGGAAGAGCGUUUAGAGGAACUGAAAGGCAAGAUUGAAAAAGAAAGCACCAAGCGUGAGAUGCUGUCCGGUCAAUCCCACCUCAAUGAAACUCAUUGCAUUCACUGCCUGCAGCCCUUCAAGUUCCUGGUGAACAGCAAACGCAAAUGCUUAGACUGCCACUUACACACCUGUAAAAAUUGCAGCCGCUACAAUAAAAAGGAGGAAGGUUGGGUGUGUGAUCCUUGCCGUUUAUCCAGGAUUGUGAAGACUGGAUCUGUGGAAUGGUAUUAUGAACAUGUGAAAUCUCGUUUUAAGCGGUUUGGAAGUGCUAAGGUGAUGCGGUCACUCUACGGAAGGAUGACGCAUGGACAGAAAAUGAAUCCUACCUUGCUUGGUCUUCAUGACAGAGUUUAUAGCUUGCCAGACAUCAACAGUGACUGCAACUUCUACAGUGGGAAUGAGGACAGUGAGGAGGGAGAGGCAGAAGAUGCCAUCGAUGGCGGAGAAGCAGAGUGCUACGCAAGGAUGCGCAAGACCAAGCGCCUGCUGUCUGUCCAUCCCUUUGAUUUUGAAAUGGACUCGGAAUAUUCUGCUCAAUCCCGCCGGCAGUCUGCGCAACUCUCUCCUGGGAAUGAAGGUCUUCAGAGUUUUGCAGGAUUUCCCAGUGCCAAGGAAGACCCCUCCCAGAAGGAAUCGAUGAUUGCCGAAGCCGACCUGGCGGCCACGUUCCACCACCUCCUGCAGGAGCAGGGGCAGCACCUGCCGGCCCCUGAACAGGAGUUCAGCACCGAAGUUCGGCUGACCGUGAACGCACAGCCUAAAAGCCUCGAGAGAACUCCCAAGGCUGGCCGCCCCUGGAAUGAGCAGCAUCCAUCCCAGUACUCAGCUGAUCUGGACACUUCCGAGGAAGACAUGGAGGGAGUGCAGAAGACCCUUGUCUAUCAGCCCCACCACACAAAACGCAGGAGCCGGGCCUCAUCCCAGGAAAACAUAAAUCCACCUGGAAAUCAGAUUCUUGAACUGAACAAACGCAUGUCGGCUGUGGAGCGCAUGCUGAACCGUCUUGAGGAAAAGAUUCUGGUUGACCCAGAUGAGCCUCCAGCUCCUGAGUCCCCUACUGAUCCUAGCAUAGAAGAGAAGGAACUGAGGAAGAAACUAGAAGAGCUGGCAAGUAACAUCAGUGACAAAGCUGUUUCUUCUGACGAAGAAGAGGAGGAGAAGGAGGGCAGAAUGAAGCAGGAAGGGUCCAUACCAGGAAUAAGCUCGUCUAGCGAUGACCUGCCUACUGAUGACAAGAAGGUGUUUGUUUCUGCGGGAAAAGCAUCUGGGCUAGAGAAGAGGCCAAGAGACCGAGGCGAUGGGGCCUGCCACAGCACAACCACCGACUCGGAGCUCUCUGAACUUGAAGACAAAGUGGCCUUUGCAGUGGCACAAGUGCAGCACACAGAGAGCGAGGUAUCUGACAUAGAAUCUCGAAUAGCUGCUCUCAGUGCUGCUGGCCUGACUGUUAAACCAGUGGAAAAGUCUAAGAAGAAAUCAAGCACCCAGGUGAUGUCCAUGCCACAUGUGUUGAGGAGAAAAUUCAACACUUCACUUGAAACUGCAAACAAUGCUGAUUCCUUUGCUCGGAACUCCAAUUACAGAGGAUCUUUGACACAGCGAAAUCCAAAUGGAAGAAACAGGAAAGCAGAUCACAUCUUUGCGAAGCCUGUGAUGACCCAUCGCUCUUGAACAGAAUGAAGUCUUCUAAGAACUCAACUCAAGAUUUCAUCCCCUCAUUCUAUUUGCUUUCUUUUCUUCUUUCCAUCUGUUCACCUGGAGUGCUAGAUCUACAAAUUUUCCUUCAAGGGGGCAAAAGCGAGAACUGCCUGAGUCAGGAAACAGGAAAGAAGCAGGUUACUUUGGAAAAGAAUUCUCUGGGCAACAUCCCUUUGAAAUUUGGUUCCUACAUUCAUUGCAGCAGCACACAGUAAAAGGAAUUUCUGUUCUAGGAUUGACUCGUAGCUAAAAUGUUUUUUCUUCAUGCACUGCUAAAGUAUGCGUCCAUAUUCUGAUCAUUUGGGCUGGUGAAUUACAGUCAUGUCAUGCAGGUUUCAGUGCUCAGGAUUUCACAGUGCCCUGCAGUAAUAGGAGGGUUUUUUCAAGGGUCUGGAAUAUGGAACCAGAAGGCAGAAUGCUAGGCUUGCAUCCUUAGCUGCCUUUUAGUAUCAGAUGCUAGAGAAACCCCAGAACAGCACGCAGAGGAGGAAAGGGGCAACAGUCUGCCUGGCAAGCCAAAGCACUU